AUGCCCCGCCCAUUCGCAAGCUCCGCCCACUUAUUCCUUCUUUCCGUGUUUUCUCUUGCCAUUGCAGCUCCUGGGACGGUCGGCGGCCCGCCGAUGUCUGCAGGAGUGACUGCGCCUGAGCUGUCGUUGAGCUUCGGAAAGGGUCCUGCCAGGGGCACCAGCGCCCCGGCGAGUCCUGCCAAGUCUCGCGAGAGCCUGCUGCAGAGAGUGCAGAGUCUCACGGGAGCGGCUCGCGACCAAGGGGCGUCCAUCAUCAGCUCUGCGGUUUCCAGCGCCACUCGGCCGGCGUUCAACAAGGAUCGCUGUCUGACACUGCUGGUGCUGGACGACCAGAACACCGACUGGUCCAAGUACUUCCGCGGCAAGCGCCUGCACGGCGACUAUGACAUUCGCGUGGAGCAGGCGGAGUUCAGCGAGAUCUCGCUCACUGCGAGCGCAGAGAGCGGAACUGUGGUCAGCAUGGCGGUGGUGCGCGGCGGAACGAAGGUGGCGCGCUCCUUCAAGCCGGACUUCGUCCUGGUGCGCCAGCCACCGAGGGACGGAUCUCGCGACAGCCGAUCGACUCUCCUGGGGCUGAAGUAUGGCAGCGUGCCGAGCAUCAAUUCGCUCUCGUCGCUCUACCAAUUUCAGGACAAACCGUGGGUGUUUGCGCAUCUUCUGCAACUCCAGAAGAGACUCGGCCGAGACAUCUUCCCACUGAUUGAGCAAACUUUCUUCCCAAAUCCACGCGAAUUGUUCAGCUGGCAGAAGUUCCCGUGCGUCCUGAAGGCGGGCCACUGCCACGGAGGCACGGCCACGGCGCGCCUGGAGAACCAGACGGCACUCCAGGACUCGGCGGGUCUGCUGUGCGGCUCAGGGAACUCCUCAGACAACCAGUGCUACUGCACCCUCGAGCCCUACAUCGAUGCGAAGUUCGACAUUCACAUCCAGAAGAUCGGUGGAAACUACAAGGCGUUCAUGCGCAAGUCGAUUUCCGGUCACUGGAAAACUAAUCAGGGAUCAGCAAUGCUUGAGCAAAUCGCCAUGACGGACAGAUACAAAAACUGGAUCGAUGAGAUAUCUGAACUUUUUGGAGGCAUGGAAGUGUGCGGAUUGUCCGUGGGAGUGGCUAAAGACGGGAAGGAGUUCAUUUUAAGCGCACAAGACAGCACUUUUCCGCUCAUGGGCGACAGUCAGGAGGAGGAUCGCAGGCAUAUUGCAGACUUGGUGGUCGGAAGGAUGCAGAAUGUCUGUCGUCCUCCUGGGCUGUCCAAGACUCAAUCCCGGACUUCGAUCUCCUCGCGUAGCGGAAGUGCCGGAGGAAGUCCAACGGAUGAAACGGGAGGCAUUUUGGGAGGACGCUCGGCUCCAACUGGCGCUCCUCCGCCCAUUCCAGAGCGCACAACUCCGGGCGUGGGCUCGAUUGGACGCCACGGGAGUCUGAGCAGCACCUCGGACAUCCCGGAUCAGCCGACCGAGAAGGCGCCAACACUCAGUUCGGCCGGUCGGCGAGACUCGCAGACUUCGCAGACUUCCAAUGUGUCGGCGACAUCGGGAACGGCGCGUUCCCAGCGUCCGCAGUCGCAGUCCUCAGUGGUGGAGGACGCCGAGGAUACGAUGAAAAACUUGAGAAAGACAUUCGCCGGCAUCUUCGGUGACAUGUAGGAUUUGGCGUUUAAGAAGAAACAGCAAAGAGGAAGGGCAUCGAGUGACUUUGGCACAGCCGGCGACAGCGCAGUGGUCAUCACCACAGCGCCCACGAAGUCCACAGACAAUGGCAUUGUCUCGGCGCCGGAAACUGCCGCGGCCAGUGCACUGGAGCCGGCAACGAGCAGUGCGGAGCUGUCGCGAACGUCGUCGAAUGUUUCUUCUUACAGUACAAAUCCUUCUGCCAGCCCUUCCAGGAACAUAACAGCAGAACAGCAGGAGGAAGCCAGACGCCCCUCGUUCGAGAGGGUGAAUCCAUUUGAUAAACUCAACACCACAGCUAAGAGCGGCACUUAUCAGUAUUCAGGACCGGCAGCCAAGGCGGAGCCUCAGAAGGACGACGAGAAGACGCUGGACGACAUCAUAAAAGAUCGCUUCCACAAGCAGCAAGGCGUCCGCGAUGAGACUACAGGAAGAUAUAUACCGCCGGCGGCUGAACAGACGGUAUCUUCCACGACAGAGACUAGCGCCAGUGAUCCUUUCAAGUACAAGACGCCAACGAAUCGCAGCGAGUCGUUCAAGAAGAGGGACUCCAAUCCAUCUUACAGUCGCUCUGAGAGCAUGAAGUCCGACGCUGAGCUCAUAUUUGGGUCACCGAAGCCGGACAUUGGCGGAAAGUACUCCAGAUCUGGCAGCACAGAUGCUGAGAUCAUAUUCGGCGGCGCGCCGCGCAACAUGAGCAAGUACAGCUACAGCAGUCGCGAGAGUCAGAGCAGCACAGAAUCUGAUAACAUCUUCACGCGUCGCGAUGAGCCGAAGGACUUCACCGCGACCAAGGCGUACGAGGGCAUCCAGAAUGCCGCAUUCCAGGACUUUGACUCGCCCGGAGCGACAACGGUGACCACAACGUCAACAGUGAAGACCAAAUGGAGUGGCGCUGUUGAUGAUGACUACGAUCUCAAGUAA